GUGAGCUUGCAGAGUCUCGGAUAAAGGGACAUUCUUCCGUUGAGCCUGCUGUACUUCCGGGGCUGCCACUUUCACUUUCUCUUCCGGGGAUGCAGCCCGCUCUGUCUUCCGGGUAGCGCGAGCCGCGGGGCUGGAGUUCCGGACGCUGGAUACCCGCGCCGGCUGGCCUCCUUCUGUCCGUCGCUUCUGGGUCGUGGUUACCCACUGCCCACUGCGGACUUGGCGCCAGGGCCUUCUUCACUUUCUGUGUUCCUCGCGGGGGCCCCACCGCUUACCAAUGCCUGGCCUUGGGCCCAGGGCAGUGUGAUGCUGCCCGUGUGCGCCCCGGGAUAUCUCUUGGGCCACGCGCGAGGCCGGCUAGGGCUGAAUCGCUGCUCCCGCCCUCUCCCAGGUGACCCCAAGGUAGCAUUUCCCGAGAGCAGCAGCCCUUUGUGAGGGGAUGGGCGCAGCCAGGCCAGAUGGACGAGAAAACCAAGAAAGCAGAGGAGAUGGCCCUGAGCCUCGCCCGGGCAGUGGCCGGUGGAGAUGAACAGUCUGCUAUGAAGUAUGCCACCUGGCUGGCAGAGCAGAGGGUGCCCCUCAGGGUGCAAGUAAAGCCCGAGGUCUCCUCAACACAGGACAUCAGGCUGUGUGUGAGUGUGGAGGAUGCCUACAUGCACACCGUCACCAUCUGGCUCACAGUGCGCCCUGAUAUGACAGUGGCCUCCCUCAAGGACAUGGUAUUUCUAGAUUAUGGCUUUCCACCCAGCCUGCAGCAGUGGGUGGUUGGACAGAGGCUGGCACGAGACCAGGAGACCCUGCAUUCACAUGGUGUUCGGCGGAACGGAGACAGCGCCUACCUCUACCUGCUGUCUGCCUGCAACACCUCCCUCAACCCUCAGGAGCUGCAGCGGCAGCGGCAGCUUCGCAUGUUGGAAGAUUUGGGCUUCAAGGACCUCACCCUGCAGCCACGGGGCCCCUUGGAGCCCGUCCUUCCCAAGCUCAGGCCCCACCAGGAGCCGGCGCAGCCAGAUGCAGCCCCAGAGUCGCCACCGGUGGGCUGGCAGUGCCCUGGCUGCACUUUCAUCAACAAACCCACACGGCCUGGGUGUGAAAUGUGCUGUCGUGCAAGGCCUGAAACCUACCAGAUACCUGCCUCGUACCAGCCUGAUGAGGAGGAGCGGGCACGCCUGGCUGGUGAGGAGGAGGCGCUGCGCCAGUACCAGCAGCGGAAGCAGCAGCAGCAGGAGGGGAACUACCUGCAGCACGUGCAGCUGGAGCAGAGGAGCCUGGUGCUGAACACUGAGCCUGCUGAGUGCCCUGUGUGCUACUCAGUGCUGGCGCCCGGCGAGGCCGUGGUGCUGCGUGAGUGUCUGCACACCUUCUGCAGGGAGUGCCUGCAGGGCACCAUCCGAAACAGUCAGGAGGCGGAGGUAUCCUGUCCCUUCAUUGACAGCACCUACUCGUGCCCUGGCAAGCUGCUGGAGAGGGAGAUCCGGGCGCUCCUGUCCCCCGAGGACUACCAGCGCUUCCUAGAUCUGGGCAUGUCUAUCGCGGAAAACCGCAGCACCUUGAGCUACCACUGCAAGACCCCCGACUGCAGGGGCUGGUGCUUCUUUGAGGAUGAUGUCAACGAGUUCGCCUGUCCUGUAUGCUCCCAUGUCAACUGUCUGCUCUGUAAGGCCAUCCAUGAGGGCAUGAAUUGCAAGGAGUAUCAGGACGACUUGGCCCUUCGGGCUCAGAAUGAUGUGGCUGCCCGGCAGACAACGGAGAUGCUAAGGGUGAUGUUGCAGCAGGGUGAGGCGAUGUACUGCCCACAGUGCCGGAUUGUGGUGCAGAAGAAGGACGGCUGUGACUGGAUCCGCUGCACUGUCUGCCACACUGAGAUCUGCUGGGUCACCAAGGGUCCACGCUGGGGACCUGGGGGCCCAGGGGACACCAGUGGGGGCUGCCGCUGCAGGGUCAAUGGAGUUCCUUGCCAUCCUAGCUGUCAGAACUGCCACUGAGUCGAAGAUGCUGGCCCGCAAUAUUGAUCCAGAACUACAUGUGUAGCAGCUAACAGCAGGACUGGGCCAGGGGUUUUAGCUCUGGUUUGAGAAGGCCCUGAGCUCCGCUGCAAGCCUGCUUGCUGUGUUACAAGAGCCCCAGCUGAGCUGGUGUCAGGUCGAUCCCACUGCCCGUGUUGCUCCACGGAGCUGACCAGAUACCUUACCCUUACUAGCCACCAGCCUUCAUUCAACACGACCCUGGCCUAAGGCCUGGAUGGCUAGUGUUCUGAGCCUCCAAGUGACUGCUCUCCCUCAGCAUGCUUCCCAAGGACCCACAGCCUCAUCCUUUGUCUUGCUGGCUUUCUGGGCACUUUUGCUGCUGUUGCUGUUGAAGGCCUGGCACCUCUUAGGGCUGCUAUGAACCCAAGCAGGUAGAUUGGUAGGUCAGAACACAUAGCCCAUGGGGUCCAGCUCUGCAUCCCCCUUUGUUGAAUAGUGAAUUAAAGUUGUUUUCCAAGAA